AGCGAAGUAACAUCAACUUCCGGUAAUAGACGUCAUUUAUGCAUUAGGCUAUACGACAUCGAUAAGGGGAUAUGAUAUCAUGUAAUAAUGACUGAUUUCUUUAAAUCCGCUUUAGGUGUUUUUACCGGAAAUACUUCUGGAGCAGAAAAUGACUUUGUUGGUCAAACUGUGGAACUGGGACAACAGAAACUUCGAGUACGGAGAGUUAUAGCGGAAGGUGGCUAUGCUUUUGUAUAUGUUGCACAAGAUGUAGUGACUGGGAAAGAUUAUGCCCUCAAGAGGUUGCUUGCUCAUGAUAAAGAAAAGAACAAGAUGGUUAUGGAUGAAAUAAGGUUUCUUAAAAAGCUGACAGGGCAUCCCAACAUUGUGGAGUUUAUUGCUGCCGCCUCAGACUGUGACAAAGGACAGUCAGAAUACCUCCUACUGAUGGAGCUGUGUACAGAUCAGCUGAUCAAUAUGAUGAAUAGUGCUGGAUCACCGCUACCGUGCAAUGAUGUCGUUCAGAUUUUUUACCAAACAUCUUGUGCUGUACAGCAUAUGCAUAGACAAAAUCCCCCCAUUAUUCAUCGAGAUUUAAAGGCUGAGAAUCUGUUGAUAAGUUCCAAGGGUAUGAUCAAGCUGUGUGACUUUGGCAGUGCCACAACAGAAACACAUUUCCCGGACAGCACAUGGUCUUCUAUCCAAAGAAGCCUAGUUGAAGAUGAGAUUGCCAAAAACACAACUCCUAUGUAUCGUGCGCCGGAAAUGUUAGAUCUUUAUCAGAAUUUUGCUAUAUGUGAAGCUAGUGAUGUAUGGGCCUUGGGAUGUCUACUGUACAUGCUCUGCUUUGGUAACCAUCCAUUUGAGGAUUCAGCCAAAUUAAGAAUCAUUAAUGCAAACUACGCCAUUCCAAAUACUGAUACAGAGUAUACUGUAUUCCAUGAUCUCAUCAGGAAUAUGCUACAGGUGGAUCCAAAUGAUCGCCCAACUGUGCACGAUAUCAUAGACAGGCUUCAGGAAAUAGCAAUAGCCAAAGAUGUUAGCCUUAAAGGACCAUUGCACAUAGCAGAAAAUCGACCCAGUAAUAUAGUCAUAGACAGCUUAGAAACAAACCGGCGACCUAAUUCCGUGUUUUAUGAUGAUGAAAGGGAGAGAUAUGAGAGCUAUGGUCCAUCCUCCACACAAAGUUCCGCCUCAGGAUCCAUCUUCAGCUCUCUGAAAGGUGGAGCGGGGAGUCUGAUGAAGAACAUCAAAGAUGCAUCUGCUAAGGUUAUGGAAACCGUGUCAGCGACAAUGGGAAAGACAGAUUUGGACAUUAGUUACAUCACAUCAAGAAUUGCAGUGAUGUCAUUUCCUGCUGAGGGAGUGGAGUCAGCAUUUAAGAAUCACAUUGAUGAGGUUCGCAGUUAUUUAGAGAGCAGACACAGGGGUUGUUAUGCGGUUUACAAUCUGUCGCAGAGAUCCUACAGAGCCACCAAGUUUGAGAAUCGAGUAUCUGAAUGUGGAUGGCCUGCAAAGAAAGCACCCAUGCUUUCCACUCUUUUUGCAGUUUGUCAGAAUAUGCUUCUUUGGCUCCGACAGAAUCCCCAGAACGUUUGUGUUAUUCACUGCAUUGAUGGAAAAGCUUCCUCAGCCACUGUAGUGGGGGCAUUCUUUUCAUUUCUGAAUCUAUUUGAGUCUCCUGAACAAAGUAUACACAUGUUCUCUAUGAAGCGAGGCCCUCCAGGGGUCAUUCCUUCCCAGAAAAGAUACAUGAGAUAUAUAUCUGAGAUGGUUGCUGACCCUCCACGUGUACCUCACAAUUUUGCUGUUCUGCUGAAGUCCAUGACGUUGUCACCUGUUCCCCUCUUCAACAAAAUGAGGAAUGGCUGCAGACCGUUUGUUGAAGUGUAUAUUGAAGAAGAGAGGAUCCUUACAACUUCUCAGGAAUAUGAAAAAAUGAAAGGUUACCAAGUCGAGGAUGGAUCAGCUAUACUUCCUGUGAACACCACAGCUUUAGGUGAUGUCACUGUGGUUGUGUAUCACGCUAGAUCUACCUUUGGAGGCAAAGUUCAAGGAAAGGUAACAUCUAUGAAGAUUUUUCAACUUCAGUUCCACACGGGAAUGAUCAAACCAGGGACGACUCUACUGAAAUUCACACUAUUUGAUUUAGAUCAGUUAGAUGCUGCUGAAAAAUACCCUGAUCACUUUUGUGUCAUGCUAGACAUUGCUGUGUCUAAAAAUGAGAGACCUGCAAAGAAAGUCCCACCUUGGAACUCCUUCAGCAAAUCUAGACUAUCCCCAAAGAUUUUAUUUUCUAACAAGGAGGAAAUGCAUGACACAUUCACAAAUUAUGGUGUCACAGACAAAGCCAAGUCUCCAAUGUCCGGAUCAUCAACUCCGGGUUCCAGUCAACACAACACUCCGGAACACAACUCAACGGGCAAGAAAUACUCAACAGUGAACCAGAAGCAGGAUGAAAAUAGGGAAGCAGAGCAGUGUGAAAAUAAAACGAAGAAGAACGUGACUUCUACUACAAUGGACUUCCUUUCAUCACUUUCUUGGCAGAAUACAAAGGAAGAGAAGUCAGAAGGAGAUAAGAAUAGCUCAUUGUUUUCCAAAGAGGAGGGAGAAGGCUUAUUGUCAGAAAGUGAUGACGAUGAAUUUGCAGCGCUUUCAGAGCAACGUAGCAAAGUUUUGAAUGAUCCAAACUUUGAAAAAGAUGUUGUCUCUGGUGAAUGUUUGUUGAAUUUUGAUGAGGAAAAAGCUGAUUCACAGUCAGCGAAGGAAAUGACACAUUCCGAUUUAGGCAAACCGGACAUAGAUAAUCGCGUUAAUCAACAACAGACAUUUGAUCCCUUUGCAGAACUUAGUGCUCUCAGCUCUGAGGGUAAUGCUCAGUCAAACAAUGAACCCAAACCAACAACUGAUAGUGGAUUCUUAUUUGAUGCUUUCACAGAUCAGAGUUCAGAAAAUAUCACGACAAAUGAAAGCAAAACAAACAUUGAUAAUAUGUUUGAUUCAUUUUCAUUGCAAACUGGUCCAUCAGAUGCUGCGAGUACAAAGAAGGAUGACAUGUUUGACUUCCUUAAUGAUAAUUCCAGCAAUGAUGUUAAUCUCUUAGGCUCUUGGAACAUCCACAAUGUCAAAGAUUCUAUUUCUACAAUGAACAUUCCUAGAAACGACUCAGGCUCUAACAUGCAUCAGAGUAGCUCAGCGUCUAACUUUCAACAGUCACAGGGAAUGUCCGGCUUUAACAUUCCAAGAAAUAACAGUGGGACAAACAUUCCAAGAAAUAGCAGUGGGACAUUUCCAAUGAGCCAACAACAAUCAAUGUAUGGUCAGAGUCGCUCAGGAAACAAUUCCCCGAUCACAACUAGACAAAAAGUGGAAACUACAAAUUCAGUAUUUGAUCCAUUUGCAGAAUUUGGCAAUAUAAGUGAUAGAAGUAAAACUGGGAGUAAUCAGAACUUGAACAAACCUCAACAACAACAACCAACAAAUCAAACAGCACCAGCUGCCACAUCACAAGGAUCUCCCAAGGUUGCAAGACCUCAGAAUUCCCCAAAGCAACAGACACCCAGUAAACCAAACUACAACGUUGGAGGAUUUGUGAUAGGAGGAAGGGAUGACCGUGGUGUUAGGAAACCAUACGGUGUAAAACCCAAAGUAAGUGUAAAUGCAUUUGAAGAUCUUCUUGGUAACCAUCAGUUUACCAGCUCCAAACAGAACAAUACCACAAAAACGCUUGGAGACAUGAAAAAACAGCAAAUGGCAGAAGAAAUGGACCCAGAAAAAUUAAAAGUUUUGGAAUGGAUCCAAGGGAAAGAACGCAAUAUAAGAGCUCUCCUGUGUUCAUUAGACAAAGUAUUGUGGGAAGAAGAAGAUAGGUGGCAGCAAGUUGGCAUGCAUGAUUUAGUGACUGCAGAUCAAGUGAAGAGAGUGUAUCGCAAGGCUGUACUUUCAGUUCAUCCUGACAAGCUUGGUGGAUCACCUCAUGAAUCUUUGGCAAAAAUGAUAUUUAUGGAACUGAAUGACGCUUGGGCACAGUUUGAAGAGGAGGGAAUGAAAUCACUCUACUAGGACCAAGACAGAUUCUUAUUUAUUUGUUUACUGUAGAAGGAACAGAGUACCAAAUGUGAUAAUAAGAUAAAUGUUAGCAACUGUAGUAUGAAUGUUCAUUAUGUUGCCCAAAAGAACAAAAUGUUUUUACACUGUUUUUUAAUGUCUUACUUAGCCAAAGGCUCAAGUGAGCUAUUUGAUCAAAAUUUGUCUGUCAGUGACGGCAGCAUCAUCUGUGUUUAACACUGUUGUCAUUGUGGUAAACAUUUCACAUUUUCAACUUUUCCUCAAGAACGACUUGGCCAACUUCAACCAGUACAAAUCAUUGUUCGUUAAAGGGGAUUCAAAUAAAAGGGCAUAUCCUCUUCUUAGGAGAGAUAAUUUGGAAAUAGUGAAAAGAUGGUUUGGGUUUUAAAAAAAGCCCCACCUUCUUCUAUAGAAUGACUGUGUUAUUAAAGAAAGAUCCAACUGGCAUGAAAGGUUCCUGAUGUAAUGAAAAAUUUAGGUUUGUUGAAAACAAGACUUAAAGGGACAGGAUGGAGAUGCAACAGGGUUUUAAUUUAUACAUUUUAAAGCAUAUAAAGGAAGUUCUUCAAAAAUCAUCUAAAGAACCAAAAGCUCUGAGUGUCAAAUUCAUAUGAAAACAUCUUCAUGUAAAGUUUUUAUGUGUAUGAUCACACCAUAAACCCCAGAUAGAGUUUUACAAAGGAAUAUCAUUAAAAAAAAACAUUCAACCAGAGGGGCACAAUUUGUGAAAUUUAAACACCAUGGCACACAGAGCUGGGAUUGGUUAGGAGUGAGAUCAAAAGUUCAAUGUUCGACAGAAAACGAAAUUCACAUAGUUUUCACCAAGAUCCCCUCACCCCCCUUUAAAACUAAAUAUGAUGAAUGUUGAAAGUACUUGAUUAAGAAGGAAAAACACACGAUUGUAGAUAACACUCUGUAUACCUUUUCUACUGUUUAUUCACAGAUGAAAGUGUACAUUAAAACUGUUGAAUGUUUAUUAAAAUGUAAUUUUAUCAUGUGGUUUUUAACAGUCACUUGUCUUUUUCCACUAUUAAGUGUAAUCAAAGUCGGAUGACAGAAACUUAUGGGAGAUUUUAUCCCUCCCUCCUCCCCAAACUAUUUGAAUUCAGAUUUUUAUCUGACAUCGAUCUUUUGAUCUCACCCCCUUAACAAUGUGGAAUGAUUUUACAAGGGAAAAUGCAAUUGCUCAGGUGAGGGAAGUGACCAUAAUGGCAUUAGUCCUCUUGGAUUGAGUUUGUCAUUGUAUAAAGUAAAAUACAUGUACUUAUGUAAAUUUGUGAAAUAUGUACUAACAUUUAUUAAUAAAGUUUAAUACUGGAUUCAUAAAAUUAAAAUAAUUAGUUAUCUUCAUGGUUAUUUUAAACUGUGUUUUAUGCCAGUGUUGUGAAUAAAGAAAUGAUACCUCAUUAUUUUUUUAAGUAUAAAGUCAUUUCAUAUUAGAAAAUGUUUUUAUGAAAUAAACAAGCAGACAAUAAAAUUAAAAUUAUUUAAACAUUCUUAUUAAUGAUAAAUGUAUAUCAUCGGUAUGUUAAGUUUUAGAAAAUGGCUUACUCUGUGAUCCUUUUAUUAGUACACCAUAUUUUUACAAAUGAUGAAGUCUAUUUCAUUGCAACAUGCCAAUAAAGAAAUAUACCUGAUUACCAGCAGUCUCUCCAAAUUAAUUAGGUUGAUUUGAUUUCUAAAAUCAUGAUUAAGAUCCAAAAAUCAUUAUUUUCUUCAUCUCAUAUUUUUGGCACUAUUUGGGGUGUGUGAGUAACAUUAACAAAGAUAUUGUUGGGUUUUAGUAUAUUUUCAGCACUGUAACUGAAAAUAAUCGGUAGAAAUUUGUUUUAAGAAAAUUGUGAUAGUUUGAUGGCAGCCCCAAGAUCUAGAAAUUUUGUGAGGGUUGAGUCCUGUGGAGGGGUUGGGUUGUAGCCAUUGAAAGGGAUUUGGGGUAGUAACCUGACAGAAUUCAAAUGAUGUGAUUAGUAAUUAGACAAACUUAAAGUUUGUUGUCUCUUUGAUAAGAGAGAUAACUCCCAAAUAUAUGAAAUUCUGUUUUUAUAUAUUAUUUCAUUAUUUUGUAUUCCAUUUAUUGCAUUGUAUGUACACAUAGUCCUGAAGGCUGUUAAUGGUUUUUGGUUUUUUUUUUCAAAUUAAAGAUGAUGUAAACAAUUCUGAAGCAAAGGCUAUUAGUUGGUAUAAAAAUAGAAGAUUAAGGCUAUUAGUUGGUAUAAAAAUAGAAGAUUGAAAAACAGAAAACUAACAGUAUACUGACUGCAAUAUAAAGUUCAGGUUGUAAUUGAGGGACUUACAUUCUCUGAACCUUUUCUCUUAUAUUUCUUUUGAAAUUGACAUUGCUUUCAUCAAACACAAUGUUACUAACUGGUUCGAUCCGGUUUUUUAGUUCCACCUGUCCGCAUAAUCAUUACCAAAUAUGGAGCGUUGUCAAGGUCAAAGGUGUAUUGUCUGUUCGGACCAGGGUGUCAAGUUCCUAUUUAUUUCAAUAAAAUUGAAGGUUCCUAUAUUUUCCCUAUAAGUCAUUAAAAGCCCUAUAUAUCCACAAAAAAAAAUGAGUCCUAUUUUGAAAAAUGAUAAAAAAAAAAAAAAAGAAAACCCCCAAAAAUCCAGGACCUGAUGCCAGAUUGAUAUUUAAUUGGAUUGUUAUGAAAAGAAUAACUAUGAUGAUUGUAUAAGAACUGUCUAUUGGAUGGAAAACUGUCCACAUUUGAAAGGAUUUCAUCUUUGUUUAUGUUUGAUAUUCUUUCUUCCCCAGUAAGAUACUAUGCUUGCUAGAUUUUUAUGCAGGAACAAUAAACCUUUUUACAAAUUCCCUAUAAACUGCACAAAAAAAUUUCUAUAAUCCUAUAUUUUUUAGACCAAAAGUGGCUUGACACCCUGUGUUCCGUUAAAAGUAACCAAUGGGUCAACAAUAUGGUAUUUCAUUACUUAAAUCUAGUUAAUGUUUUAAAGAAAAAAAUACAUAAAUAUAAACAAUAGAAUGUUUUUCUUUGUUGUUUUAUCGAGUGAUGAAAGUAGCAAUCAUUGCAGAAAAAUUUGCAUAACCCACACGCAGAUUAUGAAUUUUUUAUGUAAUGCUUGCUUCCUUCAUCACCUGAUAAAACAACAACAGAAAAAGCAUUUUAUAGUUUGAGUAUGUCAAAGCAAUACUGCAUUUCAAAUGCAUUUAGUACACUGUAUGGUUUUUUAUAUCUUUUAUCAGAAAACUUUAGAUGCGCAUAUUGAUGUUUCUUUCAUCAUAAUAGGUCGGAUGGGUAUUGUGACCAACAGUAUUGUUUAAGUGUAGCUUUGUGAUGUCAUCGUGAAUUAGUGUCAGAUUAACGAAAUGACAGAACCAUAACAUUAGGAAAAUCAUGUGUAAAUGUAUAUAUGUGUCUUUAAAUUAAAUGAAAUGUAUGCAU